AUGGAAUUCUAUCUCAGGGUCAACUACACAUGCGGAGAAUCGGGAGAGCAAAGAGCGUGUUACUAUUUUGUUUCGACUCCAAAUGAUCGCUCUUUCUACAGCAAAGUGAAACUGAGUUUGGGAGAUCCGCUUGACCAGCAGUCUUCGAGCAAUGUGAUCGUGGCAAACAAUCGAUCGAAUCCCAUUCAUCGGACACCCCGACGACAGCAACCGCUCCAGCCACCGCCACCCAUUCAUCUGCCAAUGCACAGCCCGCAACAUGCGCUGAGGUCCCGAGAUUCCAUG